GCUCUUCCCAUCAGAUUACAGAUAGUGCAGACGGUUAUCACCUGUGGUGCUUUUGUAAUUUGGAGGCGCGUGCGCUGCUGGUGGUUCGGCGCUAACUGCAGGGGGUGGCCCGCAGCCACCUGUCUGUGGCCCGAUAUCGCUACACCGCGCGAGCUUGAUGGACGAGUCAGCCUCGCCGGAAGGUGGCUUGCCGGCAAAGUAUCAGAAACUCGCCUACGAGUACUCCAAGCUACGUGCGCAAGCCCAGGUCCUCAAGAAGGCUGUGGCAGAUGAGCAGGCCAAGAAUGCCGAGCUCAAGGACUGCUUGAAGGACAAAGACCAGGGGAUGCGCAAGCUGCUGCAGGAAGUUGAAAGCCUGAACUUUUGCAACCAACAGCUAACAAAGCGUGUCAGCUUCCUCCAAGAAGAACUUGAAGAAGAUCGGUCAAGGAAGAAUAAGAAGAAACACCAUGCAGCAGCCACGGCCUCUCCAAUGCACCAGGGCAUCAUUGACGCAGAGUUGCAGAGUCGCAUUGAAGAGAAUGAAAAGCUGCACUUACAGGUGUCAGCUGCGGAGCUUGAACACAAGCAGACAGUUGAGAAGCUGGAGAUGGAGUUGGACAAGGUGCGCCAGGCACUUGCCACACACGAGGACCAACUCAGCGAUGCUGUUGGCAGACGGGAGGAACAGAUCAGCAGGCUCACUCAGGAGCGAGCUAAGCUUGAGCUCACCUGUUUCGGUCAGGACCAUUCGUGGGACGAGCACUCCGGUGUGGGCAGCCCCAUCCUUGACCGGAGCCGCCGAGGGACCGCGUAUGGCGCUUUGCCGCGUAACACCGCUGCCACGGCGUACAGCACACCCGUGACACCUCUGAAAAUAGCUGCCAACACGUUGUUGCAGUUGCUGCUCGUCAACUAUGGCAAGCACCCACUAUGUGGG